AUGAGCCCCCCCGCGUCAUUCAAAUCCAUAAAGCGACAACCGACACAAUCGAGACGCCAUAUCAACAACAUAACCCACUGCCUUGCCCGCCACAAUGGCUCGCGCAGCUGUCCUGCCCAAAUCCCCCGCCAAGCGGGGGUCUGUACCGUACCCCGAGCUGCUAUGAAGACCACUGCCGCCUCCGCUGCCAGGGCGAAGGCUUCUGCGGACGUCCGGAAGAAAACAACCGCCAAGGCGGCGCCCGCCGAUUACGACUCUGAUGAUACCGACGAUGAGCUUGACGUAUUGACGAAGCAACCGGCAAAGCCAAAGGUCCGCGCAAAGCCGGCUGCGCAUACGGCAACCAAGGCUACCUCGUCCUCGACAGCUCGUGGUAGAAAGGUUGCACCGGUGGAGGAAACCCAGGCUGAAACUGAAGACGCACCGACCGCGAAGACUGAACCAAAGAAGCGCGUUGGAAGGCCAAAGAAAACACCAGCCGCUGCUGAAGCCCCUACUACGACUGCGCCGAAGGCUCGGGGACGACCAAAGGGCUCAACCAACAAGACAGCUCAAACCACCACGACAUCAAAAGCAACACGGAAGAAUACACGUACAGUUCCAGAACCAGAGCCAUCAAGCGACACCUCUGAUCCGAAGCACAUUGUGAUUGCGACAAAUUCGACCACCAUGCGGUCUAACAUCCUGCGUGGGCCGGCGAAAAAGAAGACAGUCACUUUCCGAGAUGUGAUGGAGUCAGGAUCAGAAGAAGACGACGAGCUAGCAGUGACUGCUCCUACUACCAAGAAAGCUGCUACAAAAACAACCGGGAAGGCUGGUCUUGGAGGUACACCCGUUCGCAAGGGAGCCACCCGGGGACGGAAACCCUCUAAGAAGGAUGUUGCGCAACCUCUUUCCCCUAAGAAGGCUAAGCAGAUGGCAAAAUCCUUGUCUGCAUAUGCAAGUUCUGACGGUGAAGAAGAUGAGCUCGCCGCUACCAAGGAUGAUAUCAACAGCCCCGUCAGGUUGGUUGUUCAUUCAACUGUGAAGGAUGCGGCCGAGAAUCCCAGCCUUGCAUCUCCAGUUCGCAAGAUCAACUUCACCCCUAAGAAGGCUUCCAAUAUGGUCGAUGAGAAUGGUGAACCUAAGGCUUCAACUCCGAAAAAUGGAUCUACUGGGCUCGGAUCUCCAGUCCGCAAAAUCAAUUUUACUCCUAAGCGCAGCCAAAACACGCACGGAGACGAUCACCUGGCGCUUCCCCCCGGAAAGAAUAUCGACUUCACCGAAUCUAUGUUUAUGUCAAGCCCCGCGAGACGACCUGAACUUUCCCCAUUCAAGUUUAGCCAUGCAGAUACUCCCAACCGCCAUCUCUCUCAGUCUAUUUCCGCGCCGAAUUUCACACCAGCCCGAGCAUCCCCAUUGAAGAUGUCACCCCGGAAGGGCCAGCUGGGUGCUUCUUUCAUGCAAUCCCCGGCGAAGAACUCGUCGUCGACUGCCACAUUCCCUGCGCGGUCCUCUUUGUUCCUAAGCCCUGCUAAGAAGGGAGCAUCACCUUUCAAAAGCUCGUUAUUCACGCCCAAGUCGUCGGUGACGAAACAGACUCCUCUGGAAGAAGAGAUCAGCACAACACCCACUUCUCUCCCCCAACGAUCUCCCAUCGCGCCUGCGUCGGGGGAGAGCCAAGGAAACCAAGAUAUCGAUAUGGUGGAAGAAGUUGCUCGUGACAUUUUUGGAAUCGAGUUGCAGUCUUACCGACCCAUGUCUGAGUCGCCCUUGAUGAAGGAAUCCUUUAACGUCGAAUUCGACCCUGAGAUGGAAGUCGAGGAAACCGAUGAUAACAAUCCAGAGCCUGUUGAGAUGGAUGAUGUGACACAACACUGUGAAGCAGAGCCUGUCUUGAGAGGUGACCUCGCCUCGGUUCCUGGACUCGAAAUGACCGACGUGGGCGAUACGACUGAAGAUAACGUCACUGAAGAUCUCUCCGCACAAAAUUUUUCAGAUACAGACGUCGACGACAAGCUCGAGGCGCUGCAGAAGGAAAUUCAAAACGAGCCAGAGGACUUUGGCACGAUUUGCUUCAAUACUAUGGAAUCUCUAAAGGCACCCUUCCAUGCCUUCGAGCAACCAGCCGUCGUUGAGGACGAACUGAUUCUCGAAGAUUCUGCUUCCAUUCAAGACGAUGCCUCGGAGGUGGAUGAGCAGCAUGAAGUCAUUUUGCCUUUUAGCAUAGCCGAGGAUGCAGAUGAGGACUUCGCAGCUUCAGUCUUGCAACCUCCUCCUACCCAACAGGAGACCCAGAACCCGAAUCAAGAGGAUCUUGGAAUGCUGCACUCGGAGCGUUCGCUCAACUUUGAUACUCUUGAACAACUCCAAGCAAGUAUCGAAUCAGACAGUGACCAGGAGAACGAUUGCGACGAUGAAAUCGAAGACGCUGUCCACUCAGUUCAGCAGCCAGAUGAAGAUUAUGAAUCUGAGGAGAUGGAAAAUGACGAGCCAAUAGUCAUGCCCGCUGAGGCCACAUUGGAGAUUAUGUUUAAUGCAGGUUUGCCUGAUCAACUGGACGAAGGCGAGCAGAGAACUCACCCCUUUGAGCGCAUGCCCUCUAUUCCCCCACCGACUUCUACUCCCCCAGUCAGUCAUGCGACACCCGUCUCCAUGCAAGAUGGUGCCAAGUCCCAAGAUCAACUCUACGAUAUCAACCUCGAGCCGCGCAUGGAUGAUGUGGAGGAAAGUCUUCUCGAAACUACUCUGACCGAAAUUCCUACUCCGAAAGCCCCCACAGCUGCCGAUACACCCAGUAUUGCGGCCCGCCGGAAGUCUAACUUUAAUGUUAAUCAGGGCUUCACCCCACUAGCGCAACAAUUUGGGUACUGGGAAACAAACACUCCAUCCCAGGAUCGUCCUGGAAGGCCGCGCCGACGAGGUGUUUUCUCACUUGUCGGUCCUCUGGAGAAAAUGGUUGAGUCUAGCACCCCAGAGGCAGGUGAAGUGUCGUACCCCGACCUUUCACGUACUCCUCUUGCAAACACUCCGUCUUUGUUUGCGGAGUUGCCACUUCAGGAGCGGACCGAUGACGGUUCCAUGUCACCGGUGUCCGUGGCAACCGAAAAGUCCCCCGCAGCGACUGAAUACUCAAAGGUCAUGGAUUCACCAUCUAGGAGUGAAAUAUUUGAAGACAAGGAUCAUACUGUUCUGGAGCAAGAACAUGAAAAGAUUCGUGCCCGCCAAGUUUCAUCCACACCCGAGCCGAUCGAACACCAAGAACAAGCCAUGCCGUCUGAUGAAGAAAAGGAGAACAACGAGACAACUAUCAUCCCCGCCACGCCUAUCAGAGCUAUCCCCGAGCAACGUACCGUCCACACUAUCUCCAAGGUCCCCUUGAAGGGCGAGGGUGAAAUUUCUCCAUUGAAGAUUCCUCGCAAACGCGGCCACUCGCUCUCCGGCGCGUCGCCUACUCGUUCAUCGACCCGUGUCCGCAAGCCGGCCUUCAAGCCUUUCGUGGACAGUGCGCCGACACUUUCUCCCACCCGGAAGUCGCCACGGGUUGACAGAAGCCCAAGCCCGAAGCGUCGUUGCAGCACCCCCAGGCGCUCAAUGGAAGCAUCUAAAUCUCAAUCUGUUGCGCGCAGUCCUUCCAAGUCCCCCCGCAAGUCUAAGCCUACCAGCCAAGCGCUGCAAGGUGCUGUCGUACAUGUUGAUGUACACACCACCGAAGGCGAAGACGCAUCUGGAAUCUUUGUUGAGCUACUGCAGCAAAUGGGGGCCCGAUGUGUGAUGUCCUGGUCCUGGAAUGGACGGUCAAGUCUGUCUCCUGUCGACGGAGCCGAUCCCAAAGAUGCGCGCGUUGGCAUCACCCAUGUCGUAUACAAGGAUGGCGGCCUCCGCACCCUCGAGAAAGUCAAGCAGGCAUCGGGCCUGGUGAAGUGUGUAGGCGUUGGCUGGGUUCUCGAUUGUGAGAGAGAAAACAAGUGGCUCGACGAAGCUCCCUACUCAGUCGAUAGCUCGAUCAUCCCACGCGGGGGUGCAAAGCGUCGUAAGAGCAUGGAGCCGCGCGCUCUGAGCAAUGUCAACGGAACCAUUAUUCAAGUCGCCGAACCUUCAUCCCCUUCAGCAAGCGGCCGUCGCUGUGGAGCCGACCGCGGCGCAAUCGAUGGAUUCCGCAAGAUUACGCCUCCGUCACCCCACAAGGAUGUGCCAUCGACCCCUACCCAACAAUCCUCCUCGGACCAGUACAGUUUCCCACAAACACCUGGCUACAACUUUGCCAACCUCGAUGCGAUCGGCAUGUCUCCCGCCACACCAUACUUCCUCUCCAAUAGAAACCAGCUGGUCCAGCAGUCUUGCCCACCCAAGCAGAGCAACAAGGGCUUGUUCCCUGUUUCGGUGCCUUCAUUUAGCUUGGAGCAGGAGUCUGAAGAGGACGCGAGGCAGCAACAGCGCGCUCGGAUGGAGGCUGCUCGGAGGAAGAGCACGUUCUACCGUCCUGCCAUUGGCAGCCCUCUAAAGCGGUGA